CGCUUGCAUUUAAUCUUCUGCCUCACCUUAUCAACUCAUUACUGCGAGAUUUUAUUUACAUUUUGUUUAUGUUUACGUUUGACUCAAAUCGCAGAAACCGGAAAUUUUAUUUCAAUGUUUUGAGGUAUCUUUUGAUAUAAUUUAGGCUUUGCCACAUUUCUCGUAAAAUGAAAUUGUAUGCACUGAGUGGAGAUCCGGCCAAGCCGUGCUACGUUCUUAGCAUUUCUGACUUAUUGAUUAUGCUGGAUUGUGGCCUAUCUGUGAGCUCCGUACUGAAUUUCCUUCCGCUUCCUCUGGUGCACAGUGCUAAGUUUCAGUCACUGCUUAACUGGAACUGUCGUGAUCCGGAAAUACAAUUGGAUGAUGGGGAAAUCAAGGAGUGCUGCGGAUGCUCGUUCAUUAAUUCUGCACCGGAGUUCAUUCCGCCGCUAGACAAGGUCGUUAAUUUCUCAGAGAUUGAUGUUAUUUUGAUUUCGAACUAUACCAACAUGAUGGCACUUCCAUUCAUCACCGAAGGGACAGGCUUUACAGGGACAGUUUAUGCCACGGAGCCAACACUUCAAAUAGGACGGUUCUUCCUGGAGGAACUGGUUGAAUACAUCGAAGCGUCUCCUAAAGAGAAUACAGCAAGGGUGUGGAAGGAUAUCCAACAUUUGCUUCCCCCACCCCUGAACGAUGUGUUCAAACCAAAGAACUGGCGGCAUUUGUUCAGUAUGGAUGCAGUAAACAAGAGUCUAGCUCGAGUACAAAUGACUGGAUACGACCAAAAAUUGGACAUAUUCGGGGCGCUACAAGUGACUCCAGUGAGUUCUGGAUUUUGCCUAGGAUCAAGUAACUGGAUUAUCAAUUCAGGUCAAGAAAAAAUAUCCUACAUAAGUGGUUCUUCUACAUUAACAACGCACCCCAGGCCGAUCAAUCAAUCUGCGUUGAAGUACUCGGAUGUGGUAAUUAUGACUGGCCUGACUCAAGCUCCACACGUAAACCCAGAUGGAAUGCUUGGCGAGCUUUGUAUGAAUGUUGUAAUGACUCUGAGGAACGGUGGAUCAGUUUUGAUUCCUUGCUAUCCUUCUGGAGUAGUAUACGAUCUUUUCGAAUGUUUGUCAUCGAGUUUGGAUAAUCAAGGCUUUUCACAAAUACCGAUGUUCUUCAUCUCACCAGUGGCAGAUAGCUCUUUAGCUUAUUCGAACAUAUUAGCAGAGUGGCUUUCUACAUCGAAGCAGAACAAAGUGUACAUUCCUGAUGAGCCAUUUCCACACGGAAGUUUAGUUAAGAACGCCAAACUUAAGCACUUCAAACACAUCUAUUCCGAAGGAUUUAGCACCGAAUUUCGUCAACCAUGCGUUGUGUUUUGCGGACACCCUAGUCUUCGCUUUGGGGACGCAGUGCAUUUUGUAGAACUAUGGGGUUCGAAUCCUCAACACACAAUUAUUUUUACUGAACCUGAUUUUCCAUACCUCCAAGCUUUGGCACCGUAUCAGCCCUUAGCUAUCAAAACCGUGUAUUGUCCUAUAGAAACAUCCCUCAAUUUCCAACAAGCCAACAAGCUAAUUAAAGAACUCAAACCAGGUGUUUUGGUCAUUCCUGAAAACUACACUCAACCGCCUCCAAUUGCUCCACACAAAACGGAUCUAGUGAUCGACCAAACGCCAGACAAAAUGAUUAUCAAGUUCAAACGUGGCGAAGUGAUCAAACUUCCACUCAAAAGAAAACGUUCUCGCAUCUAUUUGGACCCGCAGAUUGCACGGUCCCUCGUACCACAUGAAGUGCAGCCAGGUGUUACCGUUUCCUCCAUAACCGGCGUAUUGCACGUAAAGGACAAUAUUCAUGAUCUGCAUCCGUUGGAACCGACAGCUGAAGAAUUGGAGGAGCAGAAGGCAUCGAAAACCGGAAAGCCCCAACCGCCAUCGCAUAAUCGCUAUCGAAAUAUUAAGUACGAAUGGGGUUCCCUAGAUGUGAAUCUGUUUUUGAAAAAACUUGCGCAGGAUGGCAUCACCGAUAUCAAGGUAGAACAAAAUGGCGUGGAUGAGAUCACGCUGCUCCUGGCUAGUGAAGAUACUGUCAUUAAGGUAAGCGAAAAAAAUACUAGUAUUGUUUGCAGUGGGAAGCAAAGUCUCCGGUUGAAGUUACGAGAUUUAUUGUUGCAGUGUGUUCAAAGCUUCUAGCGUUAAACUAUCGAAUACUAAUAAAUUGCAGGUGACAUUUUUACUUAGGGC